GACAUUAACGUCCGGCCUUGCUGCCGUUUCACAGGGAUUUUGUGGAAAAUACAGACUGCUCUUUACCUAUUGUCGUAGCUUUCAGGAACACAUGAGCUCUUUUAAGAGCAAAGCACUCAUGUAGUGCAGCACAGCAUCUGACGGAUGUCUGUUUUUGCUCGAGCUCUUUGAAAGCACGUUUUCCUCAUGCUAGUCUUUGUAUGUGAAGAGCGUCUCUAGAAGACACCAGCUCGACUCCUUCUGCUUUCAUUAAACUUCGCUUUGCUUCAACCAGCUCGCACUUUUUCCUUCACAGGUUGUAGUUUCGUAAUUGCUUCACCCUCGGUGUGAGCUUAGUUUUUGUUUCCGAUAUAUUCGCAUUUGCUGAGGUGCUAGCUGUUAGCUAGCCAGUUUUACACUCACUCGGUGUAUUGGAGCUGCUGCAUAAUGUCAGAUUUUGACGAGUUUGAGAGACAGCUGACCGAAAACAAGCAAGGUUAUGCUGAUAUUAUGAUUUUUAGCAAAAAGAAAAAAAAAAUUAGAAAAAUGCAAAAUAAAGCAUGUUCACAAGUGGACUCAGACUGUUGAAACCUAUGCAGAAAUAAAACAGCGGAUAGAGACAAAGAGAACAAACACCACCGGCGCAGUGGCUCGAGAAGUCGCAGCAGAGACCGGGACAGAAAGAGGAGAAGUCGAGACCGAGAUAGGAGAGGCAGCCGAGAUCGUCAUGGAGAUAGCAAGGAUCGCAGACACAGACGAAGUCGCUCCCCACAUCGUGAGAAGAAAAAGAUUAAAGUGAAGAAGUACUGGGAUGUUCCUCCCCCCGGAUUUGAACACAUCACACCCAUGCAGUAUAAAGCCAUGCAAGCUGCUGGUCAGAUCCCAGCUACUGCUCUGUUGCCCACAAUGACCCCUGAGGGUCUGGCUGUGACCCCAACACCUGUUCCUGUCGUCGGCAGCCAGAUGACUCGACAAGCCCGCCGUUUGUACGUUGGCAACAUCCCGUUUGGUAUCACAGAGGAGUCUAUGAUGGACUUCUUCAACGCUCAGAUGCGUUUGGGUGGUUUGACCCAGGCACCAGGAAACCCAGUUCUUGCUGUUCAGAUUAACCAGGACAAAAACUUUGCCUUUCUGGAGUUUCGCUCAGUGGAUGAAACGACACAGGCCAUGGCGUUUGAUGGCAUCAUUUUCCAGGGACAGAGUCUGAAGAUUCGCCGACCACACGACUACCAACCUCUACCGGGCAUGAGUGAAAACCCCAGUGUCUAUGUGCCAGGCAAGACUCUGUAUUCUGGUGUUGUCUCUACUGUGGUGCCCGAUUCGGCACAUAAGCUCUUCAUUGGCGGUUUGCCAAAUUACCUCAACGAUGAUCAGGUGAAAGAAUUGCUGACAUCAUUUGGUCCCCUGAAAGCAUUUAACCUGGUGAAAGACAGCGCUACAGGCCUCUCCAAGGGCUAUGCUUUUUGUGAAUAUGUUGACGUCAACAUCAGUGACCAGGCUAUUGCGGGUCUAAAUGGAAUGCAGCUGGGUGACAAGAAACUCCUGGUCCAAAGAGCAAGUGUGGGGUCCAAGAACACCACACUGACGGGAAUAAACCAGACUCCUGUGACCCUGCAAGUGCCAGGUCUCAUGAACAGUUCAGUCAACCAGAUGGGAGGCAUUCCAACAGAGGUCUUGUGUCUUAUGAACAUGGUAGCUCCAGAGGAACUGCUUGAUGAUGAAGAGUAUGAGGAGAUCGUGGAAGACGUCAAGGAAGAGUGCUCCAAAUACGGCCAGGUCAAGAGCAUUGAGAUCCCGCGUCCUGUCGAUGGCUUGGAAGUUCCGGGCACUGGAAAGAUCUUUGUGGAGUUUAUGUCAGUGUUUGACUCUCAGAAAGCAAUGCAAGGCUUAACAGGAAGGAAAUUUGCCAACAGAGUGGUGGUGACUAAAUACUGCGACCCUGACGCCUACCACCGCCGCGACUUCUGGUAGAAACGGGACAGAUUUAAGAGCCAGUGAAACGAAAUGGUGUGAUUUCAAAAGAAACACCUUAUUUUGUAGAUGUAUGAGAUCUAAGAGGGUGUGAGUUUUUUUU